GCAGUUCUUCCACCAUAAACUCCUCUACAGUUGUGGUCCCCGACUCGCUUCAGCAGUUACUUUUAAAUCAUCUCUCAAUGAACACUAGCUCAAACUUUUGCUCGAUAUUUGACAACUGAAAGGAUAAAAUGACCCUCACUGCCAAGGCCGCCACAUUCAAAUCCAAAUUUAUAACCGCUGAGCUGGCUCACCUGUUCAGCCAGUCAGACAGCGAGGAGGAAUUUGAAGGUUUCAGCGAGGAAGACGGAGGCUGUUUGGAAGAGACCAAAGUGGAUUUGGGGGGUGACAGCGAUCACAACACUCGCUUUUACUCAGAUGGAGAGGAGGCCCCCCCGCCAAAGAGGAGGAGUCUUUUAGUUGCACUUAAGUUUCCAAUGAAAAGACUGCCCACCCCCAAACGUGAAAGAAAAGACAAGAUUAAAAUGCCCAUCAAAGAUGAUCCUUGUCCACGGAGAGGAAGACAGAUGAUGAAGCAGGAAGAGGAGGAGGAGGAGGAUGAAGGAGAGGUCCCGUCUCACUGCCUAACAAAACGAGACAAGAACAUCCAGGAAAACAAAGCCAUGCUGGCGAAGCUGUUUGCUGACCUGAGUCUUCCCACAACCCCUCAGAAGAAGAAACAAGUUCAUCAGAAGGGAACGCCGCAAAAGCGCAAGUUUGCCUCCAGCGUAGGGUCGGAGAGGAGAAACCCGUCCCGGAAGGCUCGUCCUCCUGAGAAAUUUGCAGUAGAGGAAAAAAGUGAGCCUAUUCACAGAAGUCCCAGAACCGUGGACAUCAAGAGACUGAUGGAGGUGGACGAGGGACUCGCUGGAGAGAGGCCCAAAAAGAGGAGGAGCUAUAUUUCUAGAAAGAGUCAGUAUGUGGUGAAAUCUGUGGACGAGAUCACCGAGGACGACCUGGACAACAUUGCAUACCGCAGCAAAGACAAAAUCUGGGACAAAGACAACGGGAGCUCGUGUCACCAGUGCAGACAGAAGACUCUGGACACCAAGACAGUGUGUCGGAGUGGCUUAUGUGUGGGGGUCAAAGGUCAGUUCUGUGGCCCUUGCUUGAAAAACCGCUACGGGGAGGAUGUGCACACGGUGCUGCUCGACCCGGUGUGGUGCUGCCCCCUCUGCCGGGGAAUGUGUAAUUGCAGUCUGUGCCGUAAGAAGGAGGGCCGCUGUGCCACGGGGAUCUUGGUGGGCUUGGCACGCUACAACGGCCACGACAGCGUCCAUGAGUAUCUGGAGAGUAUCCAGAAGGAGCUACAGUGAAGUCCAGACUACCCAACUACCAACACCUUCUGGGGUUCUUGGGCUACCCCGUACUGUAGAAAACAUUUUAACGCACACUUUUUAACAUUUUGACUGGACGUCUGACACAACUUCCAUCAUCACUUUAAAGCAAGGCACAUAUACAGUUUGUUUAUAUUUGUUAUUAUAUGUCCUGGUCUCAGGUUGCAUCAAAUGCAGGGAUGGCUGUUGUUUUAAACCACUGUUCAGUUGUACUUUUGAAAUAAAUCUUUUCAUCUCAA